AUGUCGCUUUCUACUCAUUAUCAUGCGCACAAGCCAAAUGUGCCCAUUAUUAUGGAAGAUGUUUUUGGAUGGGUACGUGAAGGGAAUGCUUUCCAAGUUCGGGUAUGGUUAGACGACACGGAACAUGAUUUAAAUGUUGGAGAUGACCAUGCGUUUUCAUUAUUACAUUGGGCUGCGAAAGAAGGACAUGUUGCGAUAGUAGAUUUGUUGUUGUCGCGUGGAGCCAGAGUAAAUGCGACUAAUAUGGGCGAUGACACAAGCUUACACCUUGCGGCUGCUCAUGGGCACAGAGAGAUUGUUGUUAAAUUACUGAAUAGGAAAGCUGAUGUUUAUGCGACGAACGAGCACGGGAUGACACCACUACAUUAUGCAUGCUUCUGGGGGUAUGUACAGAUAGGCGAGGAUCUAAUACGAUGUGGUGCUCAUAUUGGUGCAUGCAACAAAAAAGGGCAAACUCCUUUAGAUGUAUGCCAGCCUCAGGCCCGUAAAGCUAUUAUAGAAAUAGCGCGCGAGAAUGGGCAAAAUGAAAACGAGAGAAUACCAUUCAAAAACGAGGCUUGGAAAGGAACGAAAAGCAGAACGCGUGACGCCACCCUGUCCAGGUACACUGGGGUUGACGUUUCUUCUCUUAGCUUAUCAAUCAAGAUUGCUGAGUCACAUAGCGGAGAACUAUGGAAAGGUAAAUGGCAAGGUAAUGACAUUGUUGCUAGGAUUUUGGCUGUACAUGAAGUCACGCCCAGGAUUAGCAGAGACUUUCAGACAGAAUUCCCAGCUCUUAGAAUCUUCGCUCACGCUAAUAUCUGUCCUGUUCUUGCUUGCUGCAAUCAGCCUCCAAAUUUAAUUGUUAUAAGUCAGUUGAUGGCGUUUGGCUCCUUAUAUAAUGUGCUCCAUGAGCAAACCGCCAUAGUGAUUGACCAGGAACAAGCCAUUAAUUUUGCAAUGGAUAUUGCUAGAGGGAUGUCGUUCCUUCAUUCAUUAGAUCCAAUGAUUUUGCGUUAUUAUUUAAGUUCUAAGCACGUUGUGGUUGACGAAGACUUGCAAGCUAAGAUUUCUAUGGCUGACACGAAAUUUAGCUUUCAAGAGCGUGGUAGACUGUUUUCUCCUGCUUGGAUGUCUCCUGAAGCUCUGCAGACUGCUCCAGACAAACUCAAUAUCAGAGCUGCUGAUAUGUGGAGUUUCGGCAUAUUACUUUGGGAGUUGAACACGAGGGAGGUUCCUUUCUCAGAACUAUCACCAAUGGAAAUUGGCAUGAAAGUUGCACUAGAAGGACUCCGAGUGCCAUUCCCGCCUGGUAUUUCAAGAAAUAUGGGUCGGCUGAUGAACAUUUGCUUGAAUGAAGAUCCUGGUAGAAGGCCAAUGUUUGACCAAAUCAUCCCUAUAUUGGAAAAGAUGGCUCACAGCUGA